GCAGAUUGACACCUGUAGACGCGAAUGCGUUUUCUCUGUCGCCUCGAGAGCCGAGACACCAGCCAUCGGAGGCGUAUGUACACCGCGUGCUCUCUCCCCGGGGCGGGUAUCGCUGGAUGUGCAAAGGCGCCGUGAAGCGCGGGGGAAUCCGGUAAAAGCGAAUUUCUGUGGCUUGUCCUUUUCUGCUUUCGUUCUCCUGCACAUCUGCCGUGAAGGCGCAGACAAUUCGCCGCAAGAAAGCGACGGAAAACGCGUCUUGGCGUCUGCUGUCCGAGCGAGUCCCUUCGUCCUGGGAAUCUUCUUCGGGUGUGGAACGAGAAGAACGCAAUCUCGGCAGAAGACUACCGCUUCCUCUUUGAGGAAUGCGUCAGGGAGCAAUCUGUCGACUGCUGCGUGGAGACACAAGAGAACGGGGAAGCGCUCUGUGGUGACGUCGAUUUUUUCAGGAAAGACCCUGUGCUCCUCCUCGCGGGGUGUCUGUCCUGUCUCGACGGAGAAGAAGCUUCGUUCGUGAGUCGCGAAACUCUGAAAGUUCCUUUUCCUUCUCUCCUGUCGGCCUGCGUGUGACACCCUUCCACUUCUCUCUGCGCGUCAUCGCUGUUCGCGUCGGGAACUUAGGAACUCUUUCUCUCCAGUCUUCCCUGUGUCUUUCGAGAAAACGCGGAAAACAUGGCACUCUCGCCGAUCGGAAGGUCCCCCCCGUAUCUUUCUGUGCUGAGUCAGUUUCUUCGGCCGCUGACCCUCUCUCAAUCUUUUCGCGCGCGCGCUGCUCCCCGCCGUGUUUCGCUUGGACAGCCUUCAUGUCAUUUUCGUGUCUUCUGUCAAUCGAGAACAUCUGAGACGCGCCCCCCUCCUGUGAGGUCCUCUCGCUCUCUGCCUUCUGCCGCAACGCGUGCAGGGUGUCACAGCUCUCAGAAGACGAUAGCGAUCCCUGCGAGACCGCGCUCGUCUUCUUCGUCGUCUUCAACUUCUCCGUCCUCUCCUGGCACUCUGUCGCCACUGUGGAGCCGACGAACACGGCCUGGACUUUCUCCAGCAGGUGGAGUCGAGGACUUUUCUCGUCUCUGUUCUGUCCACCGUUGUUCGAGGACCUUCUCCAGGUCGAUUUCGUCCCUCUAUUCUGCCUCUGCCGCUCAUGCUUUCGCCUUUGGCGGCGACGCUCGAAGUUCUCACGUCCUUGCCCGCGCCCCCGCUGCUUUCUCCAGAUCUCUCUCCCCGUCACUCUCUUCGUUUGCUGCUCUUCCUUCCUCUCCUCCUUCUUUUGAUUUUCUCGAUAUCAUUGCACGUACUUCUGUGACUUCGCCCUCUGUCCUCGCCUCUGCGCCUCUGCGUCUCGGACAAGAACUCCGCGAAAAACGACAUGCAGUCUUCUCGCAGAGCAGAGGGUAUAAACCGGUCAUUGACUGGGUCAAAAACAGGAUAAACGCCCGCAUGCGCCAGUACCGAAAACGGUCUCUCAAGAAGAAGAACCACAGCAAAGUCAUCCAGCGAUUCAAACUCACACGGUUUGGUUGGCAGCGCCUCCGGUCGGGCAGAAACGGAGAAAAGGAGAACCUCACCCACAAGCAGCUCAAGAGAACAAUGGGCUACACCUUUGUCUCGCGCGACGACCUCUGGAAGUUCCGUUUUCAACUGCCGAGCCACAUUCUGCGACUUCGGGACGCUCCAAUUAAUCGAAAUCCGAACAUCCGGAAGAUCCGUCGGUCUCUUCCUUCCUAUUUCGGCUGAGAGAAAGCUGAAGAGCACCGGAAGAAGCGUGGAGACGGUGUGGUUCUUGUGUUGUGUCUGAGUUUGGGGAUUGAGGAGCGUUCGAGAGAAGAGAACGAGAGAAAAAACAGUCCUCUCACUCCUCACGCCUUGACCCAUUGGCCGUUCCUUUCUCUCUCUCGGACUUGGGACCUCUGUGCCGAGGUGUCUGUCUGGUCCGCUCUGUUUCGAUCUUUUCUCUUACUUUCUCUCUGCGUGUGAGCCGCAAACGGCAGGUCGACUGCUUGUAUUUUUUGCUAUUUCUUCGUCAAAUGAACGGCCGGCGCCGCCUCUGGGCCGAGUCCUCUGCGUGCGAAGCUGGCGCAGAUUUUCUGUCGCUUCUGAAGCCAAGCCGAUUCGUCGAAGCCGAACUCUACCCCCAUUGUUUGUCGAGGUCCUGUGUAGAGACCUUUUUAGCAGACCCCCGUGGAGUGACGAAGCUUUGGAAGCGCCGAAAUGCGAGACAGCUGUAUCUCACUCUUGAACGCA